AUGGGUUACCACGUAGAUGGUCCUGAUGUUGCUACUUACAUCUGCUCGUGUGUGUGUGUGUGUGGACUGAGUCUGGAUUUGAAACGGAGGAAGCAUGAUGUGGCUAGCCAAGAAAAAAUCAAUAACAACAAAGGCAUCCUUCAGACAGAUGUAAAUGUGACAUUCUUCGCUUCUAGAAGAAACCCAAAGAUCCUUGGCUUCACUAGUAACACUCCAUCUACGGUGUACAAGGCAGGCAUCAAUUCCAAGCCUGAACCGGGGAUCUCACCUGAUUCUGAUGGGGCGAAAGAAAAAGCAAACAGACACCCGGGAAAUGGCCAGCCACAGCAACUUAUUCUGCCGACGAUGGGGCCUAUGUUACUUGCUGAUUCCACUAGUGUCUGCUGUGACACCCUCCAAUGGGACGCAGGGGGGAAGAUGAAAGUUGAUGUGUUAUCUAGGCACUUUUUCAUCAACUCCUUGCAGGUGGGUCAUUUGAAUGUGGCGACUGCGUCGACGCCGAACGCGGUCGCUCCGAUGUGUGAAAUGCGUGCACUUCGACAACGACUGAAAAGAAAACAGGUGUUGGUCUUUCUCAAAAGGGACAUGCGGCAGACACUGAGCGCAACUAAUCUUUCAGACAGAUCAAACGUUCAGAAACGAAAUCAUGACAACCGCGAGACUUAUGGUCUGCAUUCUUCUGUUGGGGCCAUAUACAAUAUCUCAAGCCGCCACCAUCAGCGGCUUGUACGCCACUUAGAUCCUGCAACCAACGUUGGCAAGCCACAACGGCAAGGCGUCCACGUAUUGAGAACUCCGUACAUGCUAGCGUGGGACAAGCAGAGUGUGAUUGGGCAUUUGUGCACCCGAGGAGAAGAGGGUCAAGGACCAGCAGUUCACAUGGCAUUCAGACGUCAGGAGUGGGAGCAGCCAAUAUGGUUCUGUGAUACUUGCAUGGAAGCCAUGUCUACAAUGCGGGAUCGGCCCUAUGUCCCUGGCCAAGAGUUACAGGCGCAGGAGAGUUUCCACAUCCGAAGUCUGGGCGUGGCAGCCAAGAACAGUCUGGAUCUGGCGGGCGAGGGGAUGGAACCAACGGGAGAAAACGGUCUGAAGAGUCGGCCAGAACGGAGGCUGAUCACGAGCAAAUCAAAUGAACAUGGGCCCUCAAGCCAUGACACGCAACAAUACGCACAGAGUCCAAAUCUGAUGCGGAGGGAAAAAAGGGUCGCUAAGCCGGGUCGAUUGAUUCGAAACAAGUGGUUUGGCAGUGAGACUGGCCGAGUCGGUAUGUUUAGGAUCAACGAUGGGAUCGACCAGCUGGACACGAAGCAGAAACACCACCCAAGCCGGGUAUACGGCUUUUCCAAGCAGGAGCAUGCCAGAUGGAUAGAUACCCGGCGGGGCUGGGCUGGGCUGGGCGCCACUCGUCGGGGAAGAUAUGAAGAGGGAGAAAAGAAGGGCCAAGCUGCGUUUCCGAGGUUCAGAGGCAGCCCUGGUGCAAAAAGAGGGUAUGGCGUUGCGAUGCCCGGGAGAGGAUAG